ACAGAUAACUGCACACAGCCCUCCCCUCUUCCUCCUCUCUCUCUCUCCCUCCUCCUCUCUCUCCCUCACGCUCCACAUCGUUCUCUUACUCUGAGCAGUUCCUUUGCUAGCGGAGGAGAGCACAGCAGUGUGUGAUCGUGGGAGAGAGACAAACCUCAGUAACAGGACAGUGAAGAGAGAAGAGAGAAGAGAAGAGGAGAGACUCAGAAGACUCAGUCAGGGACUAACUGUGUGAAGAAAACAUUAUAUGCUGAUUGUUUGACAAACAGGGAGAAACAAUAGACACAGUCAUUGAACAACUGUCAAGACCAAGGCAUUCUGGGACAUCUUUCCAUAACAAGUAGAUUCAGAGCAGUGAAGAGAGAUCUACCAGAGCUUCUGACAAGAAAUCCCAGCCUCAUCCUCACUGAUUACACCCAAGUCCACUCACCUACCACUGUCAACUGUACAUGGAUAUCCCCAGCUGGGCAGAAACCAAACCAGGAAGUGGCCUGUGCAAGCAACAGGGAACCAUUGCUGUCUUUGGCAACGUGGUCUACAGCGGCCUGCUCAACGAGCACAUCUGGCAUUUUGGGGUUCCCCUCGUCACCAGACUGGGUAAUCAAGAGGCACCGGCCCCCCCUGAAGCAAUGGCCCAGCCCUAUCCCCCGGCCCAGUAUGCCCCUCCCCCCCAGAAUGGCAUCCCGGCGGAGUACGCCCCCCCCCAUCCGCCCCACCCCCACCCCCACCCCCACCCGGCCACAGACUACUCAGGGCAGAGCCCGGUGGCGGAGCAUGCCCUCACGCUGUACACACCCUCACAGACACACAGCGAACAGCCCGGCAAUGACAACAAUGCACCCACGCUCACGGUCUCCACUGUGUCGCAGGUGGAGGAGGUGGGGCAGACGGAGGUAUCCCAACAGCUCCAUCUGCAGCAGUGUGAAUCGUCAGAAAAGCAGCAGCCCAAGAGGUUACACGUUUCCAACAUCCCGUUCCGCUUCAGAGACCCAGACCUCAGGCAAAUGUUCGGGCAAUAUGGGAAGAUUUUAGAUGUGGAGAUUAUUUUUAAUGAGCGAGGCUCCAAGGGUUUUGGGUUUGUAACAUUUGAAACGAGUGCAGAUGCAGAUCGUGCGAGGGACAAACUAAAUGGUACAAUCGUAGAGGGACGCAAAAUUGAGGUCAACAAUGCCACAGCAAGAGUAAUGACGAAUAAGAAGGUGUCAAACCCUUACACAAAUGGCUGGAAGCUCAACCCCAUGGUGGGAGCGGUCUACGGUCCCGAACUGUAUGCAGUGACAGGUUUCCCAUACCCCAGCACAGGAGCAGCAGUGACCUAUAGGGGAGCUCAUUUGAGAGGUAGGGGGCGGGCCGUUUACAACACAUUCCGUGCCGUGCCCCCACCGCCACCCAUCCCUGCCUACGGCGCGGUUGUUUACCAGGAUGGCUUCUACGGGGCAGAAAUAUACGGAGGCUAUGCGGCCUACAGAUAUGCCCAACCGGCCGCUACGGCUGCAGCUGCAUACAGUGACAGUUACGGGAGAGUCUAUGCAACAGCAGAUCCAUAUCACCACACGAUUGGUCCAGCCGCCACCUACAGCGUUGGUACUAUGUAAAUGAAACACAGACUAGAAGGUUGACAACAUGGACAAACACAACAACAACAACAACAACAAAAACAAACACCAACAAAGUAACCAACACAAAUACAAACAGAAAGGACAUUGUCAGGAUCCCUUCUGUCGAGGCUUAAAGGGGAGGAUGGAUGGAAUAUGUUUUGGCCGGGAACCAUAGCAACGGCUAAACCACUGCGCCUCAACUUUUAGGGGCGGAGCCAGACGUAGCUCUCCCUGGGACAAGCCCUGCUCAGCGGAAGAGACCGUGAGAAAGGUCACCAUAAAACUAUUUUAUUUUUCUAAACUUUUUUAAGUUUAUGAUUUCCAAAAAGAGCAAAGAUUAAUGUAUGUAGAUAUAUUAUAUGUAUGUAUAAGAAUGAUCAUGAAAAGAAAAAAGUAAUGAGUAUGAUGUGUCUUGAAACAGAUCAACAGUGUCUAAUGUCUUUGAGCUGACUGGGGGAAAGAGGGGGUGACGUUCUGUCCUCCCCCUACACACCACCCCAUACCCCCUGCUUUUUGGGGGUUGAAGGGAUGUUUGGAAGGACCGGCUUAUAAGAUGGUGGUAAUGUGGCUGGUGACUGAGAGCUAGGCUGCGUCUUCCACUAAUGUCCACUGGUCAUAGGUUGCCAGGGUCAAGACCUGACCUCAUACACGAGCUAUGAUCCUAGUGGACCGCGUUUACAGGUCAGCCUGGCUCGGCAGUCGACCUGCUGUUUAGAAUGAAACACCAGACACCCUCUGGGGGGUGCGGGAUGACUGCGGGAUGACUGCGGGAUGACUGCGGGAUGACUGCGGUCGGACUGCGGAGGAAGGACGUGGACUCUUGGAAUAGCUCUUCAAACACAGCUCUUCUGUACACAUUGCGCUUCGAGUCCACCUGGUCUGUUGAACGAGGAAAACCCCUGGAUGCGACCAUGUCCCAUGCCAAAGACAGGAGAGGAGGUGCAAGAUGGUUGGAGGAGCCUACAGGGCAAAUAAAGCUGAGGAAAUACCCUAACCCUAACCCUAACCUAACCCUGACCAUAACCUAACCCUAACCUCUGGAUCGGUUUCAAAACCCAUUUCUAUGCUGUUGUGAUUAAGACGGCAGUGUUCUGGUGUGGGGCUAAAUUGACCUCCUAAACUCUACAUAGUGUAUAUUACUGAUGGGAAGGAGUGUACUAUGUAGUGAAUAGGAUGCUGGUUAGGAGACAGUCUCAAUCCCUGUACUAUAUGAAAGAGAAAGGAGAGAGUGUAGGACAGAGAGAGAGGCAGGGUGAGAAGGAAGGGGGGGGGCAGGGUGAGAAGGAAAGGGGGGGGCAGGGUGAGAUGGCGAAGGGGGCGGUGUGGACGGUUCUGUCAAAAGCAUCUAAAAACCAACCAACAAGUUUUCUUAAAGUCUCUUUAAGCCUUUCUAUUUCUAUGGAGCUGUACUUCCGUCACAUCCUUCUAUAUUUAAACAUUGUACUAAUAACAUGCUGUCCAACAUGGUGGGAAAAAUCCAUUGUAGCCAUUUACUAAUGUUGUAUUUAUUGUAUUACUGAGUAAGAAAAAACAUUUAUAUAUGAUGAAUAUAAAUAUAUCUAUUUGUGAUCUGCAACCCCUGGAAGUAAGUUUGCCUUUGAUUUGAGAUUUUAGCGAUGUUUCAUUUGAUAACACAGGAUUUAAUGCACUGUUGAACAUACAGAGAUUUAUACUAUACUUGUGUGGCGAUAUUAUCUGUUUGAUUUACUUUUCUUUCUUCAGUUCAACUAUUGAAUGUAACUUAAAAAAAAAUGACUGGACUUUUUAUGUAAAUGUUGUUAUUUUUUAUCAACAUGUUGUACUGUGUAACCUUAUAGACUAUAGGUAGAACACUACGCAAUGAUAAUAUAGAAGAACAUUUUUCGGACAUAAAACUGAACAGACAGUCACUCCCAGGCCAGAAACCACGGGGGGACAGUAUUCCUUGGAACACACGGAGAAGGUAUUCCGGAAGACACACUCGUGCCCUGCAGACUGUCUCGCUCCGGAUAAGAACUUUGUAAUCGUUACUGAAUCAGUCAGAAGGCUUCUCACCAAGUAUCUUCACAUUUGAUGAGAACAAGAACAUCAGGGAGGACUGGGAGCUGGCCACAGACGACCCUGUGCGCCAGAUAAAAGACGUUUUUUUUCAAUUAUUGAUCCCCCCCCCCCCCCUUCUCUCUCCUGACGUAAAAGACAGUGGGGGGGGGGCGAGAGCCAGAGACUAGCACUGUGGGGGUGGGCGAGGGAGGGGCCUGUCUGAUCAAGACAAGGCAUGGUGUGUGCCCCAUGACGACAGCGCUAAGCUGAAACCCUGAGGUUUGUUUGAGGGGAUUUGUGACCCAUUUACAAGACUGGGGUUGAGGAUCCUGGAACGAUGCGACGCCCUCUCUGCUCUGAGAGAACAACAUGGUGGUUCUGUAAAACACAGAGCCCUCUCUCCUGUCGCUGGAGAGGUUUCCCCACACCCCAGUGGUCCUGUCUCUGGCUGUGUAACAGUACCUGACCAGCAGGCCUAAGUGCGUGUACUGGACGGAAUGUUCCGGAGAAAUAAUCCCAUUUUGCUGCAUUCUUUUCCUCAGAGAUGACAGGUUUGGUUUCCACAGGACAGGUAUCUUUUAAAGCUGGACAGGAGGACAGGUGAUAAGCUGUAUGUUAAUUCCAUACAGCACAGAUGAAAACACCUGACCCGGAAAACUGUGCAUGUGUGUAUGUGCUUGUGUGCGUGUGCGUGUGUGCGUUUCAGAGGAAAUACCCAACAGAGAGAAGCCCUUGUUGGCCUCUCACUACUCAAUAUGUGGCUGGCAAGUUGUCAUUGCAAAGCUCCAGGGACACUUUCUGGAGUCGCAUCUGCACUGAGGGAGAACAAGGCCUGAUAUAUAAGGACAAGCAAACAAAACAAAAAAAUAACUAUGAUGUCAAUCUAACAGAGAUCUGGGAGCUGGACCUCUGAGGUGUUUUAGUCACAGAGACAUUCUAACAUUCUGAUAUUCUGAUUCUGUUAGUUCUAUUGUUCUGUUACUUUGUCUGUUUGAGACUUCCUUCCUGUUUACACACAGACUUGCUGUCCAUCCCAGGUGAAAGACAAGUGUGAUAGAAGCAGUGAUGAAACUAACCCUGGUCAUUGGUGUAGCUCUGUGCCGCUGUGAAUAUGUUACUCUAUCGGAUUCACACAUGAACAAGUGAAUUCUUAAGCAGGGAGCAUUUUUUUUCUUCAUUGAUCGCAAACCACUGGUGAGUUUUUUUUAUUCCCGGCACCACUGAAAGAGGUGGGUUUAGUGUGUUAAUAUUUGCUCUGAAAGGGAUGAAUUCUAAUUUGAAAUCAGCACACGUAUCUCUGCAAGUCUUUUGCGCACAGCGUGCUUUGAUGUCAAUAAGGACUUGAGUCCUAUUACCUACUCAAAAUGUUAUUUAAGUGUGCAGAUCUCCAGUUAGGAUUUGUCCCCAGCAGGUGUGAAGAAGCCUUCACUUAAACUCUGUUUCUGAAAAAGACUUAUUACUGUACUGUAUGACCACUCGCUGCUCCUGACCUCACCCUUUGACCCCUGACCCCAAAUCCCAGAUCCAGCAUCUAUCCCGAUGACGUAUGGCUUCCCAGAAAUCCACAAGCUUCCUUCCUUCCUUCCUUACUUCCUUCCUUACUUCCUUUUAAAACCCAGCUGUCAGUUGUCCUCAAACAAUUUGUUUACAAGCUAACACCCAACGCCGACCAUGUCUCUGUUCAAAAACCCAACCUGGUCCUGGACACAGUACCCGAUCCAGCUCCCCUGAACCAAAAUCACUGACCCAGCUACCUCCCUCAUAUGCCCCACCCAUCACCAACCCUGUUCACAAUCGCCCUAUGCAGUCCCCCAAAGCACAAAAGUGGGUGGUAUAGAAGUAAGCUUACCCUGUGAAAGACAACCCCUUCCCUUCUGUGUGUCUGUCUUGUCUGUCUGUUUACGGCUUAUAAACGUUGUGCUUUUGUAUUCCCAAUGUACAGAUGCUCCCAUGUCCUUUCUCACAGUAUAUCAGAAUGUUGUAUUACUGUAUAUUCAAAACAAAACUCUUCAUGUGCUUCACUGAAAUCUGUGCAAGAAACCGAGCUAUUUCAGUUUUUUUUCUUCUUUUUGGCAGUUGUUCCAAGGUAAUAUAGAAUAAAAGAGUAGGUAAAUUAAUACAUAAAGACAUAUAUUGAAGAAUUUAAAGUUUUCAGCUUUUCAAAGACGUGUACUCUUAGUUUUUCUUUUCUUUUUUCUCUUCUAGUUUUGUUGUCCUUUCUGUCUUCUUCCAGUGUGCUUCAGAGAUACAGUACUAUUUAUUAUAUCGUUAAAUUAUUAUCACUGUUAGUGCAGUUAUUAUCAUGAUUACUACAGUUAUUAAUAAAUAUUUCUUUCCUCAA